UCCAAAAACAGCCAAAAGCAGCUUUAGCAGCCUCUGCCUCCAAUGUCAAAAGCCCCUUGGGAGUGUUUUGGAAAAGUCGCCUCUUGCGGUCUAAUCUAAUGGAAUAGAAGCAAGAAAGAAACAAGAGAUUGCGUAGAGAAGUGAGAUUUAUCGAGGCGUGUGUCUCUACAAAGUGAACUGAAAGAGAAAAGACAGAGAGAUAGAGAGAAUGGAUAGAGUGUUCUCAGUGGAGGAGAUUUCCGACCCGUUUUGGCCAGCGCCGACAGCGCCGCCAUCUCACACCUCCACGCGACCCGGUGAAGAACACAACAAGAUGAAUCGCAGUUCUUCCGAAUGGGAAUUCCAGAGAUUACUUCAGGAAGCAUCGGCAUCUGAGAAGUCGCCAUCAUCCGCCCCCGCCCCUGCCCCUGCCCCUGCCCCUGCCCCCGCGCCGUCUCCGGCAACUGUACUUCCCUCCAGCUCCGUUUCUCGUCCUUCGUCUUCAACGAAAAGAGCCAGUGAUGCUGGACGUGAACUUGAUGACGACGUUAUCGAGAUCAAGGACCCUCCUCCUUCUCUACCACAGCUUCCCAAACUUUAUCCACCUAAAGUCCCCAUUGAUUCCGAGGCGUACCAGAUUUUUCUCAAGAAUAGUCUCAAGCUCACCUGUGCUGCUGUUGCUUUGACUCGGGCAUCUUCUGUGAAACCUCAAGAGUCUACUCAGCUAGCUGACGGUGGAUCACAGGCUUCAAAUACUUCACAGUUGGGAUCUCAGGCUCCUGGUAAAGGACCAGGAUGUGGUUCCUCCGGGGGACAAGAUAAGUUUGUUGGGGGUCCUGUUGGAAUUCCAGAAUUUCCUGCUAUGCAGAAAAAACCAGUGGUUCAGGCUAAGCCAGCAACCAGUGAGUCUUCAAGAGAGCAGUCAGAUGAUGAUGACGUUGAUGGAGAUGCCGAAAAUACUGGGGAUCAUACUGAUGCAAAACGCGUAAGGAGGAUGCUGUCAAACAGAGAGUCAGCGAGACGUUCAAGGAGGAGGAAACAAGCACAUUUGAGUGAGCUGGAGACACAGGUUUCACAAUUGAAAGUUGAGAACUCUUCAUUAUUGAAGCGUCUUACUGACAUAAAUCAUAAGUUCAGUCAAGCUGCUGUUGACAAUAGAAUUCUGUUAGCAGAUGUUGAAACAAUGAGGGCUAAGGUAAAGGCAGCCGAGGAAACUGUCAAGAGAGUAACAGGGUUGAAUCCACUAUUCCCAGCGAUGUCUGAGAUAUCAAUGAUGGGCAUGCCAUUUUCAGGCAGCCCAUCUGAUACGUCUGGAGAUGCUGCUGUCCCAGUGCAAGAUGACCCCAAGCAGUGCUUCUAUCAGCCUGCUCCUCCUAAUGGUGCUAUUUCCAUUAAUCCACCUGAUGGAAGAGUGCACAAUGGCUUGCCUGACAUUCCUCCAGCUCCAAUUGCUCCUGUUGAUGAGAUGCAGAACGUAACUGGGGGAACAAAGAUGGGCCAAACAGCAUCCAUGCAGCGAGUAGCCAGCUUAGAACAUCUUCAGAAGCGUAUCCAUGGGGGUGGUAGCCCUUGUGGGCCUGUGCAAUGGGUUGCUGGGUGGGAAGCAGAAACCUCUCAAGUAGCGGACAACGGUAACAAGCGUAACUGCUUGUGAAGGAUUAGAGGGCCAAGGAUGUAUUGCAGUAUAUAAUUUAUGGCUCAUGUAUUCAACUCCUAUUCUUUUCCGUUUUCUUGCCAAAAAAAAAAAAGACUAUCUAUCCCUUUGUUAUAAUAAUUCUCCUCACCCGAAUCUCUCUCUCUCUCUAAGUGACGGAAGGCAGUGCUUCCCGUGGCAAUGGCUAUAGGGAAUGUCAAGGCUGAUAAGAAUCAUAUGGCUGCCUCAACAAAAUGCACAAGAAGGAUGUGCUAGCUUGGACAGCUAUGAUUUCAGGAUUGCAAUUAAUGCAUGGAGAUGGAACUGAUGCUCUAGCUAAUUUCAUCACAUAUGUUGGUGUCUUGACUCUCAAGUGCUUUAGCCACUCAUGCCUUGUUGAAGAGGGUCAUUUCCAUU